AUGGCUAUCAAACAAAUUCUCGUCUUCACUCUCGCUGCUAUGGCGGCAUUCCCUGCCGUGGCCCAUCCUGUCAACGUCACCAACUUCGUCAGAGCGAGAGCGAUCGCUGCAGGGCCUUCCAUCGACCUGCUGAAGCCUGGCGACGACGGGGCCAGGAGCAUCGCCAACGUUGUGGGUGAUGUGGCAGGUGUUAUAACCGGCAUACCCAUGAGCCCCGGUGAAGAUCCUGCUGAGGGGGGUGCUCUUCCUGGUGAUAUGUACGGCGUUCCCGGUGACGUGUACGGCAUACCCAUCGACGACCCUUAUUCCACUCCAACCUACUAUGACGGACCGCCCUCCAGAACGUCUCCAGAAUACGCCAAGAUGACGCUCAGAUGCCGGGCCAAAGGGUGUGACAGCGUGGUCAAGGUCUAUGACCUCAACAUGCCGGUACCGACGCACAGCUGUCCACGAGACGCGCUGGCGGCGCUGGCCAAGUGGCGUCUGUUCUGCGACAGACCCCCUAAAGUUUUCAAUAAUCUGAUUCAGACGGAACCCAACUGUUGGAGCAGAGCGCCCUCCAUCGACAAAUGCUGCGGCGAAUGGGUCGACGCCGACGAUCCCAAAUACAGGAGCUAUCCGUCGCGAUACGUCCCCACGGAAAAGGGGUUUGCAGACGACACCUACAUCGCGGCUUGGGUACCACAGACGGACGAUAAUGGAGGCCGGCGCAUCAUCAAGCCGGGCUGGCACGAGUACAACGUGAAGACGGACAGGUGUCAGUUCUGGAGGCCCGAGGACGAACUCGAGUUUGCAUACUUCAUCAACACGCUGCCAAACUAUGGGAUCUGGGACGUUGACGAGACGGGCAAGAUUUGGGGUCAAACAGCCUACAAUGCCGAAGGCGUUUCUCCGGGGGCGCUGAUACCAGGCUCCGACAGCGAACUGGACGCGGCAAAGGGUCUGGGGGGAUGA